AUGGCGGAUGAGAUCAUGUGUAGAGCCUUCCCCACUAUGUUGAAGGGACCCGUAAGGAUUUGGUUCAGCGGGUUGACGCCCAACUCCAUUAGUACCUUCAAGGAGUUAAGUGCCCAGUUUGCCUCACACUUUAUUGGGGGACAUAGGUAUAAGAAGUCCACUGCAUGCCUGAUGAACAUUAAGCAACGGGAGGAUGAGACGCUGAGGUCUUACAUAACCCGUUUCAAUAAAAAGGCCCUCUCAAUCGAUGAAGCUGACGACAAGAUACUCGUAGCUGCAUUCACAAAUGGGCUACAAAAGGGUAAGUUCCUUUUUUCUUUAUAUAAGAACGACCCAAAGACCAUGUCGGAUGUGCUUUACAGGACUACUAAGUACAUGAACGUGGAAAAUGCACUAUUGGCCCAAGAAAAGCAGCCCAAAAAGAUAGAAAGACAAGAGGACGUACAACAAGAUAGGGGGCGGAAGAUGGCUAGGAUUGGAGAACGGUGA